AUGGAGAAAAGGCACUCAGCGCAGCUCGGUACAAAAAGGCAACAAUGGGACCAGUAUGCAAACAGCAUGGAUUGUACUGCAAAUUUGACACAGGACCAGAAAACUCAAACAGGAGAGAAACCCUUCAGAAAUGCACUGUCUGUGAGAAGUCAUUUGCAUGGGCAUCAGGUCUUCAGAUCCACCAGAGAACACACACAGGAGAGAAACCUUUCAAAUGCACUGUCUGUAAGAAGGCAUUUGCAUGGGCAUCAGGUCUUCAGAUCCACCAGAGAACACACACAGGAGAGAAACCAAACAAGUGCAGUGUGUGUGGGAAGGCAUUUUCAAGUUCAUUUUAUUUUAAAAUACACCAGAGAAUACACACAGGAGAUAACCCCUUCAAGUGCAGUGUGUGAGAAGGAAUUUUCACAGUCACCAAAUCUUAAAAAACACCAAAGAACACACACAGGAGAGAAACCCUUCAGGUGCACUCUGUGCGGGAAGGCGUUUGCGCAGUCGCCACAUCUUCAUAAACACCAGAGAACACACACAGGAGAGAAACCUUUCAGGUGCACCCUUUGCGGGAAGUGCUUUGCAGAAUCAUCACAUCUUAAAGAACACCAGAGAACACACACUGGAGAGAAACCUUUCAAGUGCAGUGUGUGUGAGAAGGAAUUUUCACAGUCACCAAAUCUUAAAAAACACCAGAGAACACACACGGGAGAUAAACCCUUCAAGUGCACUCUGUGCAGUAAGGUGUUUGCACAGUCAUAUUAUCUUAAAAAACACCAUAGAACACACACAGACGAGAAACCUUUCAAGUGCAGUGUGUGUGAGAAGGCAUUUGCACAGUCAUCAGUUCUUCAUCGACACCAGAGAACACACAGGCAUCGCAAGAUCCCCAAGGAGUGUCGUCUUAAAUCGACUUGUGAAAGUCAAAGUGCUGCAAUGAGCCCAUCCCUCCUGAAAAAAGAACCAGAAGCAAAUUCCAGCUUGGACACUAUGAAAUGUAUCAAGGUGAAAUUUGAAGAGGCGAAAUGUGAAGAGGCGACAGUGAAGAGCGAAGAAGUGAAGGUAAAAUGUGAAGAUGUGAUGAAGAGCGAAGAAGUGAUGGUAAAAUGUGAAGAUGAACAUUCAACUCCAAAAUCAGACCUUCACAUCAAUGGAGGCAACAUGAAGCAGGAGGAGAAUUCUGACUGUGAGGCAGAGCGAGGCAACUCCCAGCAGUUUGUGGAAGUGGAAAUGUGGGUGGACUUCUUAGACAAUACAAAGUCAAAUGGAGACCCUGUAGAUGUGUAAGCUUGAGACAAUGAAGCUCCAAUAGAUUCACCUUUGUCACAGGCCUUUAAUGAUAAUAAUGUGAAGUUGAACACUCAAUUCCUAGGUUCAACCUGCAGAGUAAGAGCGGUCAGUAUUUGCGGACCUGUGGGUUGGGUAGAUCUCUAACUAGGAGCGAGAGCCAAUAAGCUCCCAAGCAUUCACUAUGUUAUAAUAAUAUUAGCAUUUAUAAGGUGCUUGGUCAAUCGCCUCAGCAACUCGGCGUUUUGUAUCAUAUCUCAUCACAAACACUCAAAAGAGCACGCCUUUUGGCACCCAUUGUUCUGAUUGUGCAUUGUCUUUUUGCUGUACGCCUUUCAGCGUCCUCUGGUCAAACACCGUUUGAGACGAGGCUUGAAAGAAAGCCGUCUCGUUUAGAAGUAUUUUAGUCAUUCUUGUUAAUUGCAUAAUUUAUACCAAUGAAUUCAUUGAUGAAACUAACAUUUAUAAACAUCUAUGUUACGAAUCCACACACACAGGGAUACAAUUGUGUUAAAAGCUUUCUUUCCAUCACAUAAUCUUGCCCGCGAAUUUAUUAAAGCCCUUAGCCAAUUGAUAAACAUUUGUUAGACAAGCAAGCACACUACCGCACACCAUUGUUCCAAGGCAUUACGUUAAUUGCAUAAUCUUACAAAUGAAUUCAUUGAGGUCUACCUUUGCUUAGGCACAUGUUUCUUUAUUACUGUUCGUAUGAAUAUGGUCACAUUAAUUUUAAGGACUGUUGCUGUAUAUGAUCACCUUACUCUGAAGAAUGAGCCAAUUGUUCUGUUACCCAGUUUGAUAAACAAUUAUUGAGGGUUAAAUGUACGGAUCAAUGAGGAGGACAUCUCAAAGAGUACUGUGUUGGCAUUCCUAGCAUAAGAGUUUGCAUAUUAGAAUGUUAUGUGUUUUUUAGAGAUUAAAGUUGCUUAACACAGAAGAGUCUUGAGUGGUGCCUUCCUAAGUUCAUGCAUAAUAAUAUUAAUUAUAAGAACUGUAUCCUGCGGAGAGAUCUGAAUUUUGAGACCUGACAUAACACUAAGACAUAAUAAGUAAAAGUUAAAGUGAAAAUCAUUGUAUUAUCCUGAUUGAUAAUACAACCCUAGACAACGAAGCAGAGCCUAAUUAGCACAAUUACAUACACUUGCAUAACUUCAUACAAUUACACCAUUGUAUUAUCCCGAUUGAUAGUUCACCCUAGACAACCAGGCAGAGCCUAAUUAUCAGAAUUGAAUACAUUAGUAUAAUUACAUACUUGCAUAACUUCCUAAUUAACAUACAUGCAACAUUUUCAUAAUUAAAUAAAUUAGCAUAAUUUCGGACAAAUUUCAGUUUAAAAAAAAAUUUAUUUUUAUAAUUUUUCAGACUCAAUAUAUACAGCAGGUGGAAAAAUUCUGAUAUAAGCAAGAAUGCAAAAACAGAAAUCAGUACUGCUUAACGAAUCUCCCAACUGCGACUGGAGAAGUCCAAACCAUCAAGCACAUCACUGAUGAAUGCUCCAUCCAUGCACAUCCUGGCGGUAUCGCUAAAAUCCACACUGCGUCAACCACAUCAUUGGACUGGAUAAGGAACCUUUGCAUUCAUUCAUGACGAUCAUUAAAAAUAAAAACUUGCUUUUCACAAUGCCAUACUAAAGAAAAACUGAGUCAAUCUCCGGGGAUUGCCCUCGUGACUGGCAAAUUGAUAGGGAGUUCUGCAUCGGUAGAAACCACGCAUCACGGAGAGUUUUUUGUUGCGUCAUUGAGAGAGGCUGCCAGCUAAGGCUGGUGCUCAGUAUUGCAAUACAAACGUGGGGAAGAGUGCGUAGCAUUACUAUUCCCGGUGGCGAGGUUGCUCUGUACAGGCAACACUUAUGAUCAUAGAGUGACAAUCGUUCGGAUUGUGCUGAGAUCAAAGUCAACCCUUUGAAGGAAAACUGGUGCAACCACUAUUCGUGAGAGUGCCCCUUGAAAUCGCAACCCACAGGCGAAGUUUAGUUGAGGGUCGGAUCAGAGACUGA